UGGCUUUCUUUUUGGUCGAGAUUAGAAGAAUGUCCAAAAGAGUUAAACAUUAUUAAAGUCACGCACCGUUUGUAUUAUAUAAGCUCCCCCAGAAGAAAAACCAGUAAACGAAACCUCGAAAGGUCGUUGAACUGACGGACCUGAAGCUCGAAGCUCAAAAGCCAGAGGUUAUUAUGCUCAUUGAAAGUCAGCCAAGAAUAAAGUUUGUGGUUUCUCAAAAUGGGUCAACAACUUUAUUCUUUAUGUCAGGUGGAAACCAAAAAAUUGCUUUGGGUUAUGGGCAUGCUGUUUGGGGUGAUUAUAGUGUUCCAGUAUUUUGAACUUCCUUAUGGUAGUGCUCUAUUCUCUUUGGUUUCUGCUGGCAAGGUUUCAGGAGUGGGAAAUAGUGGCUUCCCGAAUGGAAAUUCACCAUCUAAACCCAAUACAAUUGGUAACAUAACGUUUUUGAAUGGUUCAAACUCCACCAAAACACAUGCUAUUCAUGAGAGAUCUGAUAAUAUUGGAAAGUCAGAAGGAAUGGAUAGGAACCAAAAGAAUGAUUUUUUAUCAGAUAGAAAUGGAAGCUUAAACAAUUCCUUAGAAUUAGAUGUAAAUAAUAAUGCUAAUAAGGAGCCUUCAUCUGAGAAUUUGGUAGAGCUAAAUGGAAAUUCCACAGUUGCCAAUGUAAAUAAUUGGGGUAAUGGACCUGCCCCAGAGGAGGCAAAAGAACCUAAACAAAGCUUUUAUCAAAAAAAUGAUACUACAGAUGGUAACUUUCCAAUGGGUAAGGUUGGAAAGGGAACUAAUGCUUCCACAUCAGGGCAUCUUGGAAAUGCAGACACUGGUUUUGCCUCCCCUUCCCCUGCACUGCCGCCUGGCCCGCCCGUGACUUCUACCAUUGUGGAUACAAAUAUUAGAACGCCUGUUGUUGAUUCCAACACGUCCUUAUUGGAGAAAAAUGGGACGACCACUUCUGAGAUUAAUAAAAAUUCUGGGCUAUUGGAAGCUAGCCCUACUCCAUUGGAUGAUAAUUCUUCUGCGAACAGAGUCCCCAUGGUGAAUAAAGGGCUUGAGACAACCUCUGCAGUAAUUUCAAUAUCCGAGAUGAAUGAUUUGUUGCUUCUGAAUCAUGCUUCAUCCCAGUCAAUAGCACCAUCACGAUCUUCUGCUGUUGACCAAGAAUUACUGCAUGCAAAAUCACUGAUCGAGAAUGCACCCAUCAUAAAGAAUGAUCCCAAGCUCUAUGCUCCUCUCUAUAGGAACAUUUCCAUGUUCAAAAGGAGCUAUGAGUUAAUGGAAAAAACUCUCAAGGUAUACAUUUACAGGGAAGGAGAGAAACCCAUCUUCCACAAGCCACCACUCAAGGGAAUAUAUGCAUCUGAGGGAUGGUUCAUGAAGCUGCUGGAAGCUAACAAAAAAAUUAUUACGAAAAAACCAAGGAAGGCCCAUCUCUUUUACUUACCUUUCAGCUCUCGGAUGUUGGAGACAACAUUAUAUGUACCCAAUUCACACAACCAUAAGAACCUUAUACAACAUUUGAAGAAUUACUUAGACAUGAUUUCAGUGAAAUAUCCUUUCUGGAACAGGACUGGAGGAGCAGAUCAUUUUCUUGUUGCUUGCCAUGACUGGGCCCCAGCAGAAACAAGGGAAUAUAUGGCUAAGUGCAUACGAGCACUCUGCAAUGCUGAUGUGAAAGGAGGUUUUGUUCUUGGCAAGGACGUAUCUCUUCCAGAAACAUUAGUGCGCUCACCUCAGAAUCUACUAAGGGAUCUUGGGGGAAAACCUCCUUCUCAAAGAUCAAUCCUUGCUUUCUUUGCAGGAAACAUGCAUGGCUAUCUACGGCCAAUUCUGUUGAAGCAUUGGGAAAAUAAAGAUCCUGACAUGAAAAUCUUUAGUCAAAUGCCUAAGGCCAAGGGCAAUAAGAACUAUAUUCAGCACAUGAAGAGCAGCAAAUACUGUAUAUGUGCAAAAGGUUACGAAGUCAACAGCCCAAGAGUGGUGGAGGCCAUAUUUUAUGAGUGCGUCCCGGUGUUCUUAUCAGAUAAUUUUGUCCCACCUUUCUUUGAAGUUUUGAACUGGGAAUCCUUUGCUGUUUUUGUCUUGGAGAAGGAUAUCCCAAAUUUGAAAAGUAUACUUCUUUCAAUUCCAGAGAAGAGAUAUCUUGAGCUACAGAUGGGGGUCAAAAUGGUGCAACAGCAUUUUCUUUGGCAUGCUAAACCUGUGAAGUACGAUAUCUUUCAUAUGAUCCUCCACUCAAUUUGGUACAAUAGACUUUAUCAAAUAAGCUUCUGAUAACCAAGGAACUCAUAGUUGACAUGCAUUUUUGGAUGUUACUGGAAUUGGGACAAGAAGGAAAUGAAGUAGACAGGUUGCAAUCUCAGAAUAAGAAAUUUUGGAGAAUAGUUGGCAAAUUCUUUUGAUGUAAUUAAAUACGAGAACAGUAAUCUUUUCUUUUAUUCUUUCUCUGCCCAUUGUAUUCUUGUAUAUUCUUUGGCUGGACAUAUUUCAAUUUCAAAUAAUUUUUUUGA